UCCCGUGGGCAGCGCCUGACCCUCUCCUUUCUGCAGUCCAGGAAAAGACAAGCUCUUGCACAAGGUGCCCUGCGUCUGCCCUCCGCAGGGGAAGGGUGACAUGGAGCCUCUCCCGCUGCUCAUCCUGCUCUCUGUCGCAGAGCUGUCCCGAGCCCACAACACCACGGUGUUCCAGGGCAUGGCAGGCCGGUCUCUGAAGGUCUUCUGCCCCUACAACUCCGUGAUGCACUGGGGGAGACGCAAAGCCUGGUGUCGCCAGCUGGGUGAAGACGGCCCGUGUCAGCAGGUGGUCAGUACCCACAGCUUGUGGCUGCUGUCCUUCCUGAAGAGGCGGAAUGGGAGCACGGUCAUCAUGGAUGAUGCUCUGGGUGGCACACUCACCAUUACGCUGCGGAAUCUUCAAGCCCACGACGCUGGCCUCUACCAGUGUCAGAGCCUCCACGGUGGCGAGGCUGACACCCUCAGGAAGGUCCUGGUGGAGGUGCUGGCUGACCCCUUGGAUCACCAGGACGCUGAUCUCUGGAUCCCCAAGGAAUCUGAGAUCUUUGAGGAUGCCCAGGUGGAGCACAGCAUCUCCAGGAGCCUUGCAGAAGACGAGAUCCCCUUCCUGCCCACGUCCAUCCUUCUCCUCUUGGUCUGCAUCUUUCUCAGCAAGCUGCUGGCAGCCAGCGCCCUCUGGGCUGUGGCCUGGCAUGGGCAGAAACAGGGGACACCCCCAGCCAGUGGGCCGGACCGUGGCCACAACCCAGGUUACCAGCUCCAAAUUCUGACAGGGGAGAGAGACACAUGA